AUGGCGCGCCUCGGACGGCACGGAGCCAGCGUUCCUCGGACCUGGGCGCGCACUGCGACGAGGCGCACCGCGUGGGUGCACCAGCUCUCGACUUCCUCCCGCACCGCGCCCUUCGGGUCGAUGCGACGGAUCCAAAGCGGCGGGUUCUUCUGCGCUUUCAAGCAUAAUCCGCGUGUUUCACCAUUAAAUCUUCAUGCAGCAGGGCAUCGCCAUUGUUUUAGCCGCCGACCAGGGCAUCCGCACCGGUCGUGGUGUGCCCGGGACUGCGGCGACGCCAUCGAGCGGACGGCGGUGCCGGGGCAGCAGUGCGACCGGGAGAUCCUGGACGCGCACGCGCGGUCGCGCCGCUGCGACCCGGCGAGGAAGCGCAAGCCGCAGUGCCCCGUGCGGCGAUGCAAGGAGGCGCUCACGUUCAGCAACACCAGCCAGUGCAAGGGCUGCGGCCUCAAGGUGUGCCUGAAGCACCGGUUCCCCGCGGACCACAACUGCGCGGCGGCGGCCGCGGGAGCCAAGAGGGCCGGUAGUACUGCGGGGUGUGGCCGCGACGUGCAGAAGAAGCAAGGUGGUUGCCGGCCGGCGCUGGCGGUGUCCGCCAGGAGCUUCAAAAUCAGUUGA